UGUGUGUCUGUCUGCCCAGUCCAUUGUUAUCUGUAAUACACCCUACCAAUAGGUGUACACAAGUGUGACAAAAUGUAUUAGGUGUUGGACCCACUUUCCAGCCUAUUGCUGCUUAUUGGUAUAAAAGUGAGCUGCGCUAUUAAAGCGAUGAUUUGUCGCGGGGUAUGCGGGCCUAUUAACCAUAGGUAGGUCGAGAUGGAGAUGAUUUCUACCGACACCACUGCUUCACUCACUACACUUAAGGCCCCGGUAACUGUUGCACUGGAUCUUUUUUCAUAGGCUUCGGAAAAUGUGUGCAGAAAGUUUCAUCGGAAUCAACUGUUUGUAUAGGAAGAUUGAAUAUGUUUUUACGGCUUGGGUGUAAAAUCUGUAUACAGUAUACAUGUAUAGUGUUGAUAGUAUUGGUUCAAACUUUGGCCAACCAGUGUGUCCUACAGGACGGCCAGUGCACGUAUAACAUACUUCUGUCACAUCAGAAAGGAGAGUGCUCACCAGGGGGAGUUAACUACAGUGACCAACAGAAUGACAAUUCUAACCAGCACGUGCGUGUAUCGGAAUCCGACCUUGAGGUGGUCAAGACGAACCACGAGGAUAGAAUCCUCGAAUUAGAAGCAUCUGUACAGAAACUUCUCAGGGAUGCGGUACCUUCUGGACCUCGGAACCCCGGGGGUGAGGUCGGUACCUUCAACAACGAUGUCCCGGGACAGGGGCCGAUCCAACAGGCUCCGAACCGGACUGAGUCCUCUUUGCUGUCCCGGUUGAGUCGAGAGUUCUCAACUCUUCGGGAAGAAUUGAGGGAAAAGACAAUGGCGCUCCUCGAGAAGGAGGCAAGAUACAAUGAGACGAUUGUCGUCCUACGGGAGGCCCAGGAGGACCUUCUCGAUACCGGGGAGGAACUGAUUCUGGUUGAGCACAAGUCAGCCACAUUACAGAGAGAAGGCUACAUAUUAAAGAACCAACUCAAGGAUAAGUCGGCGAGGCUCGAGGUGGCCAACGAGGACCUCAACAUUUCCGAGACCAAACUCCGGGCCUUGGAGAUCCAGCUUUAUACACUUGUUCGCUCGGAGGCGAAUCUAAAGGAGGAGUUGGGAUAUUAUAUCUAUAAGUUUAACAAAACAGAAAAGGCUUUGAACGCUUUAAAGCAAAACCACACAGACCUUAAACAUAGGCAUGCGCGGACCAAACGGACAUUAAGAAAAACGGAAGAGGAAUUAAUGGAUUGCUAUGCCGCUAAAACUCAGACGUUCUGUGGUUUUGAGACAAAAGAUGUUUGUGGAUUUGUUCAAGAAAAUACCACGGACGAUUUUAAUUGGGUGAGAGCACGUGUCCAGACGCCUUCUAGUGCUACAGGUCCUACGGGGGACCACACAUGUGGGGCGAAAACGGGCGGACAUUUUAUGUAUAUAGAAGCUUCGGGACGACGCCCCGGUCAAACAGCUUCCCUGUUAUCAGUAAAAUAUCGUUCGCUUACCAUGCAGUGUGUGGAGUUCUAUUACCAUAUGUACGGCAGGACCAUGGGCACGCUUAACGUCUAUACUAAGACAGAAUCCGUAGAAGACACGCGGGCGGUGUGGAGGACACAUGGUAACCAAGGUGACACGUGGAUUCUUGCGCGGUUGGUGAUACCGGAACAACUCGCUCGAAUCGGUUAUCAGAUUGUGUUUGAGGGGAUAAUUGGGCGUGGUUACCAAGGCGACAUGGCUAUAGACGACAUCAAAGUCACGGACGGCGUGUGUCCCACGGACAAUCGCGCAGUCGCUGUCCCAAUUCUGCCACCUGAUAUCGAUGUGACUCCGUCUCCGAAUGCGACCGAAACAGAUAACACGAGGCGAUUCCGGAGGCUAAAACGAAUAUUCCGGACCAGAAGGAGGCGGAGAAUGACUCCUCCGCCUGCAGCACGGAGCCCUUUUGGCUGGACCACGUCUACACCGUCGCCAUGACAGUACUGAGAGUGUCAUACCAUCAGGUGUAUCAACGCGAAAGAGAAGUAAUACUAACCGAUAAGCAAGAACUCCGUAUAUGGAUAGAGCAGCUGACAAGAUUUGCUCAUGCUCCUACAGUAUACGGCGAGCACAGAUUCGGUACAAUGUAUUUCUAUAAGAAUGUCUCUGUACGUUUUGAAAUCAUAGUAGUGAUUUAAUGGGCUCUUCAGACGAAUAUAGCCAACAGUUUAAACAUAUGGGUUGUUAUUUGAUCAAUUGUACUGGGAUGGAUACUGUCACAGAAACAAAGUGUUGUGCGAACAUCAGCUGGACCGUUUUGUCUUACAAGAGGAUUUAAACAUUUGUUGCUUUUGUCGUUGAUUUUAAUAAUGGUAAGAUAGGUUUCCUGUGUGACCAAUGGGUAAAACGAGCUUUUCAAUAUAUUUCUUUGAGCAUAUGUUUAUCAGAUUUCCUUAUUUACAGUCACCUUAUUUUAAUGACGUUUAAUUACGUGAAUGUGUUUCACGUUCUCUUGAAUCUUGAUUCGCUGAAGAACACUACAGAUCAGAGCUGUUAAUGUUGUUUAAAGGUGCCUAUAUUAAUAUUAAAGAGAUUAUAUUUUUGAUCAUAACGAAAUCAUAAAGCUCGAGAGAAAUUACAGAAAUUGGAUUGUUUUGUCUAUGUUCUCGAGUAAGAUAGUGCAAUACAACGAAAGUAAACAACCAUGGACCAAGACAUGGAAAAGGAAAACAUAGACACUCUACAAUGCAUAUUUAAAACAUAUAAACUACCGUUAUACAAAGGAAUUAUUAAGACUGUAAUACAUUAGCGUUAAAUACUCGUAUACAGAAAAACAACGAAAUGUGUUGGUUUUGUAAUAAAUUUGUGUAUCAAUUA